GUCGCCACUGAGACCCGGAAACGGAAAAUAGUCCAUCGUCUUGUUUUCGCUCGUGCGCGACAAACGUGAGAAGUCUUUUAAAAACUUAGAUGAGAGUGGACGUGUUUGCUCGAGCAAAAGCCAGUCAACAUCGUCCUCGUUUCAUUCGCAGAGUCAUCCUAUGCCGUGGAGCUACACUCUCUCCCAGCACAACCUCCCAAUCGGUAACCUCGUCUGCACCAAAUAGAGUCCACCUGCGCUCUUGUAGGUCGCUCGAUGUUCCUGCCUCUCCUGGAAAUAAGUGUUCACCGCUGCCAAUUCCAUCCAUCCAUCCAUCCAUCUUCAUUUCGGCUACCUCGAGUGGUGCUUCCUGUUGCUUCUUCAGUGCCACCGUCCGUCUCUAAUCCGUACAUCACGGCUGGCCUCGGCACAGUUUUAUAAACUUUGCCCUUCUUCAUCCUGGCGGAGACUCUUCUGUCACGUAGCUUUGAAUGAGCUUCAUUAGAAUCCUUUGUCCGUAAUCUGCACAUUCAGCCCCUAAACCAACACAACACUGGGUGGAAAAACUCAAUAACUCAAAUCAAUCAAAAGCCUUUCACGUCAUUAUAUGCCGUGCGUGCAACGAAAUGGUGAGUGCUUCUCCGCAAGGCGCAAUACAAUAGGAUAAAAAUUGAAGAACGUGAGCAAAUGAGAACAACUCAGGGUUGGCUCAUGACCUUCGUCGGCUUUCUGCCAACCCAGACACACCGCGUGACCGUCUGGUAACGCUUCCACACAAGAGUCAAGAGUGGCAUUUAGAUGGAUGUGCGAUCGUAUGCGUCCGUCCAAAUUACAAAUGCGCAGGGCACACGACUUCUGAGUUCUCGCCCCUGUUUUGCAGAUCAAAUAGUGCCGCGUUGGCCUCAACCGGCCCGCCUCGUUUCCACUCAAAAUGAGCUGCUCACAAGUUCCCAGCCCCGUUGACAUCCCGACACCAAACAAGGAGAAAAGGAAAACUGCUCAAGAUCACGACUUUCCUCCGGUCGAUGUGCUCGCUGACAAACAGAAGAAAAGAAAGCCGCAAGGAAACAGCUUCCUUCCGGCUGAUGUGCACGCAAAGAAGAAGAGGUCGGCAGAGGAAAGCGUGGCUCUUGAAGAAGUGCACGUGAGAAAGAAGAAGAAAAGAGCGGCAGCUGAACAAAACGUGGUUCUUAUUGAUGUACACCCCACCAAGGAGGAAAGCGCAGACGACCACAACAUCCUUCUUUUACCUGAGGGCCACACCCACAAGGAGAAGAAGAAGAAGAAGAAGAAAAGAGAAGACAACACUGUCCUUUCUGCUCCCGACAUGCAGACUCAGAAGAAGAGCAAAAGCCAAGACAACAACAUCCUUCCUGCCGAUGAACCUGCUCGCAAACACAAGAAGAAGAAGAAGAAGAAAAUAGAAGACAACACUGUCCUUUCUGCUGCCGACAUGCAGACUCAGAAGAAGAGCAAAAGCCAAGACAACAACAUCCUUCCUGCCGAUGAACCUGCUCGCAAACACAAGAAGAAGAAGAAGAAGGAAACUGGCCAAGAAAUGGAUCAAAACUUCCUUCUUCCUGGUAAUGGCUCCACCCACAAGCAGAAGAAACCAAAGGAAACCUUUUCUGCUGAUGAGCGCAAGAGCAACGAGGAAGAAGAUCAAGACAACAGCGUCCUUCCUGAGGAGGUGCUCACCGGCAAAAAGAAAAAGAAAAAACAAGUCCAAGAUGACCCAUUCCUUCCUGCUGAUUUGCAGGAUACAGAGAAAGAAGCACAAGACGACAACCUCAUUCUUACUGUCCCUCACAAACACAAGAAAAAGAAAAGGGCAGAAAAAGAAACUGCCAAUGUGCAUGCAAAGAAGAAGAAGAAGAAGAAGAGAGCAGAGGAGGAAGAAGACGCCAUCUUUCCUCCCGCCGUGCGCGCCGACAAGACAGCAAUGACCGAAGCGGAGGAGGUCGCCGUGGAGACGGGAAAAAAGACCACGACGCAGACGGUUCCCGCGGAGAGUGCGGUUGCGACUGACGACGACGACGACGACGACGACGUGGCUGUCUCCAUGGAAACCAUCACAGCUCACUAUGAGGAUGAGUUGGACCCCGCUUUGGUGGCAGAGUUGGAAGAGUUUAUUCCCAACGUGAAGAAGAGACGCUUGAAUGAGGUCCAGAAAUUGCUGCGUUACGACCUGCCUCGCUUCCGACUCUUCAAGGCUCAAGGCCUGAAAGUGCGUUGGGGGCGUUUCACGAAGGAGGAGAAUCAACGGAUCCGAGACAACAUCGCGCACUUCAUGAAUUUGACGGGCGUGAGCUCCUUGAGUCAGCUUCUCUACCCUCAGUGCUACGGAGACCUGAAGAACGACAUUAAGACGCUCAAAAGAAAAUACCGCUUCACGGAUGUCCUCGCUGACGGAAUCGCCAGGUCGCGCAAGCAGAUUCUGCUCAGAGCUUCAAAGUUGGACAAAUGCAACUACCAGGGAAGGUUCUCCGAGGAGGAGGUCCGUCAGCUGGUCAAGUUGCAGAAGCUCCACGGCAACCACUGGCGCCGGAUCGCUGACGAGAUGGGCCGCAGCAUCUUCUCCUUACAGAAACGCUUUGCCAGCAUCGCGUCGGGUCGGGGCAGAUGGACGUCCGACGAGGAGGAGCGGCUGAAAAACGCCGUCAAGGCUCACCUGGAGGCCGUGCUCCAACGGGGCUCGGCGGAUUCGCAAAACCACAACGGACUUUUGAGACUGCGGCAGCUGUGCGCCGCUUUGCCGUGGACCGAGAUCAGCCACCAAGUGGGGACCCGCCACUGGAUCCAGUGCCGGCUCAAGUGGUUCAGCAUCCUAAAGUGUCAGCUGUCGCAGAAAAAACAAAAGAAGAAACCGGAAGGACUGAAGGCUAAAAUCCGCCUGAUUGAAACGUUGUACGCUUUGGAUGUGGAGGAUCCGCUGGACGUUGAUUGGGAGAAGGUCGCCGCUACCGUGGGCGAGAUGACUCCAGUUUGCACCCAGAAGCUUUUCAGAAGCCUUAAAGUCUCCCACGUUCCCAACUGGUCUAGCCGAUCCUACGGAGAGAUCAUCGACUUCCUGCAGGAGCGCGUUUUGCCGGGCCUCGUCGAGAGGCUGCAGCACUGCGACCAAAAGAAGCCGGAGCAAAACCCGACUCUGGACAAGGAGUACGCCCUCGUGGACAUCUUCCCAGCAGGAGGAUUUGCGGAGGUGGACAACACGUAGUGGAGCGGAUGCUGAUGAGAACGCUGGCUUGGAUGCGCUAACUCUCCUCAAGAAGUCGCCUCAAAUACGCACGACCGGCCCGACAGCCAAUGAGACGCCGCAAAUACGCACGACCCGCCCGAAAGCCAAUGAGACGCCGCAAAUGCGCACGACCGGCCCGACAGCCAAUGAGACGCCGCAAAUACGCACGACCCGCCCGACAGCCAAUGAGACGCCGCAAAUACGCACGACCCGCCCGACAGCCAAUGAGACGCCGCAAAUACGCAUGACCCGCCCGACAGCCAAUGAGACGCCGCAAAUGCGCAAGACCGGCCCGACAGCCAAUGAGACGCCGCAAAUACGCACGACCGGCCCGACAGCCAAUGAGACGCCGCAAAUACGCACGACCCGCCCGACAGCCAAUGAGACGCCGCAAAUGCGCAAGACCGGCCCGACAGCCAAUGAGACGCCGCAAAUACGCACGACCCGCCCGACAGCCAAUGAGACGCCGCAAAUGCGCAAGACCGGCCCGACAGCCAAUGAGACGCCGCAAAUACGCACGACCGGCCCGACAGCCAAUGAGACGCCGCAAAUGCGCAAGACCGGCCCGACAGCCAAUGAGACGCCGCAAAUGCGCAAGACCGGCCCGACAGCCAAUGAGACGCCGCAAAUACGCACGACCGGCCCGACAGCCAAUGAGACGCCGCAAAUACACUCGCUCAUCUGAACAACCAGUCAACAAAGUACGCGAGGUCAGUCGAGCAAGCGCCAAACGUUGCGUUUGCAAAGUAUGAAUGUGCACCUAUAAGUCCCCAACCAUUUUUUGGGGGGGUUCAUUCCAUAAAAGGGCUUCUCAAGGUGACAGCUUCCAUCAUUAUAGUCAUUAUUCUAAUUGUGAUAUUACUUGGACCAUAUUUGUAUUUAUCUUUUAGAAAAAUGAAUCAUUGCAAAAGCUCGUUGUAUUCUUCCACCUUUUCAAGCCGACGCUUACGAUCACUAUAAAAUGUUGUGGAACGUCCGUUUUGUGCUCCGAAAAAAACCCAACGUGGACUGGUUACGACGGAUAAUGGGGGGAAAAAAAAAAAAAUCCGGCGGCUGAAAUUAGCGGUGCGUCCACGUUGAACGGUGGCUUGGUGCACGCUAUUUUAUUACCCUCCUCGGCUGCCAAACCCUAACGAGGAUGUCAGCGCUGUGCUAAUUGCUGAUAAUAACAUGACAAUAAAGGUUUUUGAUUUGA